CUAGUCGAUGUUGAUGUUCAUUCGUAAUUCUAAAUAUCAUAGUAUUUGAACAACAAAAACAAAUUAAAUAUUAAAUGUAAUAUAAAAUAUUAUAAUUUAAAAUAAUUGUAAUUGCUAAACUUGAUUCAAAGAGGAACACCAUCUGAAAAAUAUGAUCAAAGCGACGUGGAACAAACUAACUUUUUAAAUAAGUUUUUUUAUGAUUGGAUGAUGGAGAUUUUUAAGUGUAAUCAGACUAUUUUUUAAAUCAAAUUUCUUCUUAUUAAAAUAUUCUAAAAGUAAAUAUCAAAUAGAACAUAACUAGCCCCUAAAAUGACAGCCAGUCUGACUAUCAGCCUUAAAAAAGUAAACAAAAUUUAUCAUGAAGGUGAGAUAAUAGCGGGGGUAGUGAUUGUGGACACUGCAGCUGACUUAAGGCAUGAAGGUCUAACACUGACAAUGGAGGGUUCCGUAAAUCUGCAAAUUAGCUCCAAAAAUGCAGGGAUUUUUGAUGCAUUUUCUAAUAAUAUCAGGCCAAUCAAUCUAAUAAACACAUCAAUAGAGUUAGCUGCAGCUGGGAAAAUGCCUAUAGGCGUUACUGAAAUUCCUUUUGAAAUGCCUCUUGUAAGUCGGCAAAGUUCAAUGAGCCUUGGACUACUGGAGACUUAUCAUGGAGUGUUUGUAAAUGUAAUGUACACACUCAAGUGUAGUAUGAAGCGGUCAUUCCUUAAUAAGCCAUUGAAUGCUAGCUGUCAAUUUUUUGUGCAAUACAAGCAUCAAGAGCGUCCACCAAGCAAACCAGUGCGCUGCGAGGUCACGCCCGCAACUCUGCGUGCGGGCGGUGGGGCGGGAAGCGCAGCUCGUGGAGCGGUGCCGCACUUCCAACUCUAUGCAGAGAUAGAUACCACUGUAUGUGCUCUGGAUAGGCCCAUCACUGGCAAGAUUCGUGUAGAUGAGUGUUCGGUUCCCAUAAAAUCGAUUGAACUACAGCUGGUCCGCGUCGAGACGUGUGGCAGCGCCGACGGAUAUUCGAAAGACGCCACGGAGGUGCAGAACAUCCAGGUGUGCGAGGGCGACGUGCAGCGCGCGCGCGCCGUGCCGCUGCACAUGGUGCUGCCGCGCCUGUUCACGUGCCCCACCACCACCACGCCCUACUUCAAGAUCGAGUUUGAACUGAAUAUCGCAGUGAUAUUCGAGGACGACUAUUUAGUGACAGAAAACUUUCCCAUAUUGUUGCUAAGGAGUAAAUAAUAAACAUGAUCAAUAAACAUUUAUUUAUAAA